AGCCGUAGCCGUAGCCAGCCAUUGAAGCAAACACGAUGGAGCCAAACACAGCAGGAGGAAACUCGACUAUGAUCCCAAGCAUCCCAUCCCACAGUAACUUAUCUACUCCCACAAAUCAAGAACAACAACAACAUCAAGUGGAGCAGAAUCAGAAUCACCACUCACUAGCUUCUCAUUUCUUUUUGUUGCAGUUGGUGGAGAGUUUGGGUGAUGCAAUUGAUAAUGGAACUCGUGAUCAACAUUCUGAUGCUUUGAUAAAUGAACUGAACAAUCAUUUUGAGAAGUGCCAGCAGCUUUUAAACUCCAUUAGUGCAUCACUUAGUGCCAAAGACAUGACCGUUGAAGGACAAAACCGAAAGCAAGAGAAAAGUGAACAAUUACUAAAUCAAAGGAGGGAUUUGAUUGCCAACUUUAGAAGCACUGUUGAAGACCUUGUUAAGACUGAGCCAUAGUUCACAGGUCGAGUGCUCUCUGUUCAAAUCCGAAGGAUCGAACGGAAUCCAGAGAACCUGCAGUCAUGGAAUUAGAUCAUAUUCAUCUCUUUGUUUCGCAAUUCGAGAACUCUUAAUGCCAUGU